GACAAAUUAAGAUAAAUCACAAAAGACCAUUCUGAUCUCUCAAGUCUCGGCCUUUUCUGUUUGCCAUUUCUAUACACUCCAAAGCAUACUCCAUCUUCCAUCUGACUACUAUGUAUAGCAAAACUAUACUAUAAAAUCAACAUACAAAAUCAUCAUUCUCUUCAUAUAACUUCUAAAUAUUGCAAUAUAACUGUGGUAUGCUUAUUUUCUGUGAUAUAUCAAGCAAAACAAAAAAAAAUUAUGGAAAUACAAAUUCCAGCUAAUAACAUAGACAGUAGUCCUGCUUCUAGUCCUUCAACCGAGUCAGAGUCAACUCGGUUAAACUCACCCAACUCGAAUUCAGACCCGGUAAAAACCCCAACAAAACGGGCCAGAAACUCGGGUAGUAAGCACCCGGUUUACCACGGUGUCCGAAUGCGAAAUUGGGGCAAAUGGGUAUCCGAAAUCCGUGAACCAAGAAAAAAAUCACGUAUUUGGCUUGGAACUUACCCAAACCCGGAAAUGGCAGCCCGAGCCCAUGAUGUAGCUGCCUUAAGUAUAAAGGGCGAGUCAGCAAUCCUAAACUUCCCUGAACUCGCUGGGUUGUUACCUCGGCCGAUUUCACUCAGUCCGCGUGAUGUUCAAGCUGCUGCAACUAAAGCUGCUUCAAUGGAGAUUAAUUUUGAUGAUAUUGUUGUUUCAUCAUCUGGGUUAUCUUCAUCAUCACCAUAUUUGUCUUCCUCUUGUUCUUCUCUGUCUUCAAUGGUAUCUGCAAUGGAGUUAGGGAACUCAGACGAGUUGAGUGAAAUCGUUGAGUUACCGAGUUUAGGACCAGUUGAUGAUUUGGGGACCGAGUUUGUUUAUAAUGUUGAAAUUGGGUCGGGUAUGGAUGGGUGGGUUUAUGAUAGCCCACCAUGGAUGCAAUGUAUGCAAGAUUUUGGUUUGGUGCCCCAAAAUGUGGUUACUAAUGGUUUUGAAGGUUUGUUAUGGGAUUAUUAAUUUAAUUAUUACUACGCCUAGUUUCUUUACUUUUUCUUUUGUAUGGUGUUUUUUUAUACAAUUUGUGUGUAUUAUUUUUUAUGUACAAAUUUGUGUAUUUUCUUUUUCUAUUUUUACCUUUAUUUUCCCUUUUUUUUCUUCACUCCAAUUCCUAAUAAAAGUUUUUGUUUAAGCCAAUCAUUUACAAUAUUUGGUA